UUUGAUAGAAUUUGUGACAUGAUGGGGAUUUAUAUCUUCUUUUUCUUCUUUUUGACAGAAUCUUGGAGCCUGUCUGGAGGAACUAACACCACUAUGAUCUCAAAUACAGCUACUCCAGCUGUGAAGUAUUAUGUUGACAGGAAGGAAGUCUACAACCAUGGGAGUAACGUGAUUCUAACCUGCAGCAAUAAGACAUGGAACGAGAUACUAUAUGUUAUCUGGAACAUUAAAGUAAAAAGCAAAGCCUGCACGAUUUCAUUCAAUAAUGAUGGCCAAGGUGUUGAUGACUGCAAUGAUGAAAAGUCUCUCAAAACCAAUUCAAUUGGUCAAUCAUACUUGAAUAUCCCAAACUUUUCAGCCAAUGAUGUUGGGGUUUACAAGUGCGAAUCAGUGUACCAAGGAGGAAAUCAACAUUAUAAUAUUGAAGUGGCUGUCACAGCUCCUCCUCGUGUGUCUGCCUGGUUAGAGUAUAGGGGUAACAAGAUGGUGGCCGUUUGCAGAGCUGAGAGCGGGAAUCCUGCUGCCAACAUCAGGUGGAGUCCUGCAGGAAAUUAUUCAGUGACAAAGAAACAAGACCCAGAUGGAUUUGUAACAGUGGAAAGUCAGCUGGAACUCCCUAAGAACAUCGAUAGAGAAAACCUGACAUGUAUUAUCCAGCACCAGUUCUGGGAUCAGGAGGAAAUUUUGGUACCAGAACUCAGAAAAGGAGAUUAUUCGUUUAUGAAUUUGAUUCGUAUUAUGAUUGUUUUCCUCAUGAUUGUGUCAACAUUCAUCAUUUUUGCUUUUAAAAAAUGGUGAGAUGCUUCUUUAAAAUUAAACU